AUGCAAGGAAGUCGGCAUUUUGUUAGAUCAAAUCCCUUUUUAGCGGCAUUUUUGCCCAUAAAACGACGGUGUUGCUAUUUUGACAUGUUUCGUUAUGAAAGCUUGAUUUGUUUGAUCAAAUCGGAGAUGGGGAAGAUUCCAGUGAAGAUAAAGGCGGUGGUGUACGGAUUAUCGCCGUUUCAGCAGAAGGUGAUGCCUGGUCUAUGGAAGGAACUCACCAAUAAAAUCACAACAAAGUCACCGAGAAUUGGCUUAGCGCUAUCCUCCUUGUGGGCCCCGUCGUUGGCACCUACUCGUAAUUCCACAACCCUCUCUCUCUCUCGUACGUUCAGAAUUAUAAGGAAAGAGAGAAGAUGGAGCAUAGAUAUUGAAACUAAAGUCACAACUUCGAGGACUAAAACUCAAACUUUCUUAUCAAUUUAUUUGACCGCCGUUCGAAAUUUCAAACUUCCACCUAGUCUCUUCCUUACACCAUUGAGUCGAUUUCUGAUUUUCUAG